AUGCCAGAGGGAACUCUCGAGGUAAUUGUUGUCGAAGGACGAAAUUUAAAAGAUCGUGAUAUUGUUGGCCAAAACGAUGCUUACAUUGAAAUCUACACGGACAAGAAGUAUAAACAACGUACAAAAACGAUUUCAAAUACAAAUAAUCCUGCGUGGAACGAACGUUUCACAUUCAACAUUCACAAAGGUGAUGACACAAUUCAUUUCGAUGUCUACGAUGCUGAUACUGUCGGUAGAGAUUCGAUAGGUAAUUGCAAAGUGAAAUUGAAACAUGUCUUUGAUGAUGGCAAAUUUGAUGAAUGGGUCAAAUUGCCAACAAUGCUCGGACUGGCGUCCAAUGGUCAAAUUCACGUCGUCAUGAAUUUUAGACCGUCCUAA